AUGAAGGCUACUAUCUUGAAUCUUGCCGUUGCGGCAUCCUUUGCUGCCAGCGCGGCUGCCCAGCCCCACCACCACGGCCACCAUCACCACAAGAAGAACGCCGCCGAGAAGCGCGAUGUUGAAACUACCUAUGUUCCUGCUACCGUUACCCAGUACGUGCUUGACGAUAAGGUAGUGAGCGCUGACGAGGCCAAGAAUGGGUUGGACAAGGGUCUCUACGUCGUUGUUGGCGAGACUACCCCUACUUUCACCCCUCCUCCCCCGCCUGCUGUUACUAGCAGCUCGUCUUCCAAGAGCGACGCGGUCUUCAUCCAGAAGGUUACUGCGAGCUCUUCGUCUUCCGCUGCUCCUACCACAACCUCUUCCGCCCCUGCCGCGACCUCUUCGAGCUCCGAUUCCACUGGAUACGCCACUGGUAUCGAUGCUGAUUUCCCCGAUGGCAAGAUCAGGUGCGACCACUUCCCUGAGGAGUACGGUGCUGUUCCUCUUAAGUGGCUCGGCCUCGGUGGCUGGAGCGGUCUUCAAUACACACCUAGCUACAAGUUUGGUGACUUUUCCAUCAGCUUCAUCGAGACCGGUGUGAAGGGAAUGGCCAAGAAGACUGGAUUCUACUCCUAUGCUUGCCCCGAAGGAUAUGUUAAGUCGCAAUGGCCUUCGGCUCAAGGAAGCACCAAGCAAUCCGUGGGUGGAUUGUACUGCAACGAUGACGGCUAUCUCGAGCUUAGCCGUCCCGAAUCCAAGACUCUCUGCGAGCCAGGUGUCCCGGGUAUUACCAUCAACAACAAGAUGCAGAAGAAUGUAGCUAUCUGCCGUACCGACUACCCCGGUAUCGAGGCUAUGGUUAUCCCCGUAGACGCACAGCCUGGUGCCGUCCGCCAGCUGGCCAACAUCGAAUCCGCCGACUACUACCACUGGGACAACAAGCCUACCACUCUGCAGUACUACGUCAACCAGCCCGGUGUCUCAGUUGAGGACGGAUGUGUUUGGGACUGCUCUGAGGACCACGAUGAGUGCGGUAACUGGGCUCCCACUAUCCUUGGCGUUGGCAAGUCCAGCGAUGGUAACACUUAUAUUUCUCUAUUCCCGAACACGCCUACCAGCAGUGCCAAGCCCAAGAUGAACAUCAACAUUACUGGUGAUGUCAGCAUUCCUUGCUACUUCAAGGAUGGUGAAUACGCAAUUGGCAGCAGUGGAUGCACCACUACCAUCCCUAGCGGUGGCAAGGCCGUUGUUACGUUUACCGAUGCCUAA